UCCACUGUGGGACUCUGUGAAGGAGCACAAAAAUGAAGGUGCCUUGGCUUCAAAACAGCGUCCUCUGUUAGCAAUCUGUGUGUAUAUAUAUAAAUCGUUGGGCGGAGCUCUAGACAACGAGGUACACCGUUUCUCAGAAAGAGAGGAACCUUAACGGCGGUGGGUACGCACGCACGCUAUUGCAUCAAUUGCUGUUUUUCCUAAUGGCAACGGAGGAAAAAAGGAAAUCGGUGCCGCAGGCUGUAUUAGCAGUCGGCUCGUUACCGACACCUCAGGGCUACAAUAACAAUAAUAAUAAUAACAACAACAAUAACAAUAAAGACAGCGAGGUAAGCGAGAAUACGACCACCUCGAGCGCUACCGAAUCAAGUGGAACGGAAACGCACAGCAUCGGGAACGGUUGUGGAGUCAAUCCAACAGUGGGAAAUAACGGGAAAUGGGUCCGUUUGAACGUGGGCGGUACCGUAUUCCUCACAACGCGGCAUACCCUACUCAAAGAACAGACUUCAUUUCUCUAUCGGCUCUGCCAACAACAGGACUUGCAUUCGGACACGGAUGAGACAGGGGCCUAUGUGAUAGACAGAGACCCCACCUACUUUGGCCCCAUCCUCAACUACCUGCGACACGGAAAACUGGUCUACAACAAGGAGUUGGCUGAAGAAGGUGUGUUGGAGGAGGCUGAGUUCUACAACAUCACUCCUCUGAUCAAACUGAUCAAGGAGCGGAUCCUGGAGCGGGACUGUAAAGUCACACAGCAGGUGCCUCCUAAACAUGUGUACCGGGUGCUGCAGUGCCAGGAGGAGGAGCUGACCCAGAUGGUUUCCACCAUGUCGGACGGCUGGCAGUUUGAGCAGGUCAGCGUACGCGCCUGCCGAAAGCCCCACACUGGACUGCUCUGGACUAUGGUGAACAUUGGUUCGUCGUACAGCUAUGGGACAGAGGACCAGGCAGAGUUUCUGUGUGUGGUGUCCAAGGAGCUACACACACCUGGCUCAGGCCUGGGCACUGAACAGAGCCACAAGACCAAGGUGACACUGACACACAGGAAACACACACGGGUACACAUGCGUCAGAUGGAUAUACUCCUACAUUGUACACCAUUCACCUAUCACCACCAUUCACUUCCACCAAGGUCUGAAGUAGCAGGAUAUGGAUCUGUCCCUUUGUGACAUUUCUCCUUAUCCAAGAUGAUCUCGGCAUCCUUUGAUCUUAGUCUCAGCAUUCUCCACUCAAACACUCCAAUUUUUUUUUUUUACCCAUUUUCUCCCCAAUUUUGUGGUAUCCAAUUGGUAGUUACAGUCUUGUCUCAUCGCGGAAACUCCCGUACGGACUCGGGAGAGGCGAAGGUCG